CACGCUUAGCGUCAGCAGCCCGCCCUGAAAGGGGCGGGGCUUGCAGCCGCGGACUAGAGGCCGACGGAAGUGCUCCGUGUUGUUGCCGGAAGUAGAGAGAAGGCUGUAAUGGCGGCUGCGACAGAAGCUGAGGUGCCCGCGGACGGCGCGGAAGAGCGGCCCUCGGCGGCCGAAGAGCUGGCGGCGCAGAAGCGCGAGCAGAGACUGCGCAAGUUCCGCGAGCUGCAUCUGAAGCGGAAUGAAGCUCGUAAGUUAAAUCACCAGGAAGUUGUGGAAGAAGAUAAAAGACUUAAGUUACCUGCAAACUGGGAAGCCAAGAAAGCGCGUUUGGAGUGGGAGCUUCAGGAGGAAGAAAAGAAAAAGGAGUGUGCGGCAAGAGGAGAAGACUACGAGAAAGUGAAGCUGCUGGAGAUCAGUGCAGAAGAUGCUGAGAGAUGGGAGAGAAGGAAGAAGAGGAGGAACCCUGACCUGGGGUUUUCAGAUUAUGCUGCUGCCCAAUUACGCCAGUAUCACCGGCUGACCAAGCAGAUCAAGCCUGACAUGGAAAGCUAUGAGCGGCAGAGGGAAAAGCAUGGAGAAGAUUUUUUCCCAACAUCCAACAGUCUUCUCCAUGGGACACAUGUGCCUUCCUCAGAGGAAAUUGACAGAAUGGUUUUAGAUCUGGAAAAGCAAAUUGAAAAGAGAGACAAAUACAGCCGAAGACGUCCUUACAAUGAUGAUGCCGACAUCGACUACAUCAAUGAAAGGAACGCCAAGUUCAACAAGAAGGCGGAGAGGUUCUACGGGAAGUACACAGCUGAGAUCAAGCAGAACCUGGAGAGAGGGACAGCUGUGUGAGCCCUGGGAAACCGCACAGAAGCUGAAAAAGGAAUUGGAGGCUUCUGCUGGCAGAUUCAAACUUCCAGUGUGUCCGUAAUGAGAGCUUACCCUGUGCCUCCCACCCGGCAUUCUGAAAUAAAUGUCUUUUCUCACCCUCACUUACACAUGCAUAUGUCCACGUUUUUGUGCUUGGAUGUAAGAUGUAUUUCUUGUAGUGAUGUUGUUUUGUAACAAUCUAAUUUGUAUAAAUCCUAAUUAUUAUUUUUCUAUGUAUUUUAAAUGUGCAUAACCGUGUGUAACCUUUGAAUCAUUUGGGGCUUAGAUGGUUUGUGUGCAGAGGGGCAGUCGCUGCUGCUUUGAAUGUUAUUAGGAAGUGGAUAGAAGCUACAGCUGGACUUUGAGGCUGGCCAGGUGAGGACUGAGAAACAGGCCUCAAGACACAUGCUCCUGGAGUUCUGGCACUGUCUGCUGGGGCUGGAGUCAGAGGUCAUGACUGUCAGCCUGCACAUUCCCUUUUUAAAGAACAAUAAACUGCUUUGGAAUAGA